GACCUUCUGUCACGCUAAUCUAUGAAAAUAAACCUAAUCGCCCUAAGCGCGAUGCGGCGCGGACUAACUACACCUAACUGACGCUUUGUCUCCUAAAUAAAUAUUUUUCAGAUACGUAGAUUAUUUGAAUUUGAUGACAUACGAUAUGGCUGAAACUCUGGAUAAGGUCACUGUUCAUAAUGCACCACUGCAUAAAGGCGAAGGCCACGAUGAUAGUGUUGACAGAAAUACUUUAUUUACUGUCGAUGUAGCUGUGGAGUAUUGGUUAAAAUCAGGUUGUCCACCAGAGAAAAUAGUUCUUGGUAUACCUUUCUAUGGCCCCACAUUCGUAUUGAGUUCCGCUGAUGAAAACGGCGUUGGAGCUUCUGUUACCGGUCCUGGUAUCAGUGGUCCUUUCACACUUACCAGAGGCGUCAUUGGAUAUAACGAGGUAACGUUCAUAAUCAGGAGUAGUUUUAUAAAACUGUUUACUUUAAUCACCAAUAGCAAUAAGUUUUCAAGUCAUACUUUUUUUUUUACAGUUUUGCAGCAGACUUCGUACAGAAUCCUGGACGAUACGAAGGGAUAGCUUGGCUAAAGUUCCAUAUGCUUUUAGUGGCACCAACUGGGUGUCAUACGACGACCCUGAAUCGAUAAGAGAUAAAGUGGAAUAUGCAAUUAGUCUCAAUUUAGCUGGCAUCAAGACCUGGAGUAUCGAGACAGAUGACUUCCGCGGUAUCUGCGGUGGAGGGAAAUUUCCUCUUCUUACUGCUAUUAAUAAAGCUUUGUGUAGAAAUACCGAUGCUUCUACGACAACUCCUAUAUGUAGAGUUAACCAAGAAGACUU